ACCACUGAAGAUUAUUCUGCCUUGUGAGGGAAUAUUAGGUACAACAUGGCAUCGUUAUUGAAAGAAGAUAAACUGUAUGAAACCAGUCAACAGGCUCCCUCCCCCUGCAAGGAUUUCUAUCAGCUUUUAGUUACCAAAAAAGAGGUGGUCUGGAGAGUUUGGAAGGUGUCUAAUCCAUACAAGCGCGAAAGGGCUCAGCCAGGGGAAGAAAGGAAAUCUCACAAUGACUUUCUAGUUGAUGACCAUUUGCAAGGACACAUAAAGACAGUGUUUGGUUCAGAGAUGUUGGAAUACGUUAUGAACCUCUGCCAACAGCGUAUUGACUACCUUGUUCGACUGCCCAAAAGCAUGGCUACACACAUCCUCUCAUUUUUGGAUUGGGAAGAUAUUAAGAGUAUGUCUAAAACCUGCAAAAGGUUUCAGCAGCUAUGUAGUAGCGAUGGGUUGUGGGAGCGUGCUGAAAGGUUGCGUUGUAGCUCGGGAAGUCUGAUGAUUGAAGGGGUGAGUUCAGCAAUACAAAAGAAGCUGCUCAUUUUCCACAGACGACAUGCUCUUCUGAACCAAGCAAGGCAGCAGAGGAGGAUGAGCACCAAGGCAUUGAAUUAGAAAAAGUCUGACUGAGAUUAUCUGUGAAGACAGGCUUUUAAUAUGUAUGGUAAACGUGAAGAAACUGUACCGUGUUUCAUAUUACACAACCACUAAUAAUAGUAGUGCACUAUAAAUAAAGAUGUCUAGACCUUG